AUGGCGACGUCAACAGAAACCCAUGACUCAGCAGGUCAAGGAAACGGGUCAGAGGACGUGGAUUUGUUGCAUCACUUCUCCCAGAGGGUGAACGUCGGCACCGACGUGUCCGUGUCGAUGGACGGUCUGCGGUGUCCGACUCUCCACGUGGGCCGUUACGGCAGUGUGACGGUGUCCACAGAACAGGUGUUUGGACAAAGGUUUUCAGAAGAGUUCAGCCUGCUGAUGGAGUUCCGCAGCUCUCAGAUGGAGGAGAGCAGCGUAGUUUCCCUGUUAAACUCCCAGCAUCACGUGCACCUGCAGCUCCGCCUCGGCCUGUUCUCGCUCACCUUCAUCUCCACACAGCACAGAGAAUAUGAGUUCACCGUGGGGUCUCUGCGGGACGGUCGGUGGCACCGAGUGUCACUGAGUGUCUCCCCUCUUUGGCUGGAGGUGUAUGUGGACUGUUCUCUGGUGGAGAGGGUGAACUGGGCGUAUCCCUGGCAGCGCAUCGCCACGGAUGGCGUCCUGAUGGUGGGAGGCAGCCUGGAGGGAUACGAGACACCCUUUGAAGGUGCUGUGAGACAAAUGACUUUUGUUAUGGGGGAUCCAGACGCUGCCAGGGACCAAUGCACUCUUCAUCAGCCCACCUGCAACGUGGUAACCUCCAGUGCAUUCUGGACUCACCUGUCCGAGGGAAACUCUGCAGACUCGACGGAUCCUGACCAGAGACCUGUCGUUGUCCUUGUCGAUGAACCUCUCCCUGUGUUAGCGGCUAACAGCGAGGACAGAGGAGCUGAUGCCACUGAAUCCUCUCCGUUCAUCCCAUCGUCAAAUGAAAGGAACGUCGACUUCAUCUCUCCCGAUUCACAACAAAAUGUUACGUUAGCGAUCUACAAGAAUGUGACGCCAUCAAUGCAACCAAAGGGAAACCGGGAGACGGACAGACUGCAGCCUCGUUUAAAAGUCAGCGUGGUUGGUCAACAUUCAAGUACACCGCAGUCUGGGGACGUAAUCUACGGAUCUGACCAGAGAAGCUACAGGAUCCACAGAGGUGCUGCUGGCUCUGUUGGACCACAGGGAAGAAGAGGAUGUCCAGGCAGAGAAGGGUUUAUUGGAUUUAAAGGUGACAUGGGAUCUCGAGGUAUUUCAGGCAUGGAUGGACGUAGAGGAGAUCCAGGGCCUCCAGGUCCUCCGGGACUUCCCACGCUUUAUUUAUGGCGGAACUCUGAGGACGACUGGGUCGCUUUCAGGAGAUCGACCUUCUUUCACAUGCUCAGAGCUGGCUGGCCGGUGCAGCCUGGUCCACCUGGACUCAUGGGAGAGAUGGGAACGCCUGGUCUUCCAGGGAUUCCUGGAGACCCAGGGACCAGAGGAGCUUCAGGACACAGAGGAAACAUGGGUGAAGCCGGUCCAAAGGGCGUCCCCGGCAAGAGAGGGAGUUUGGGUCGGAAUGGCAGUCAGGGGUUGGACGGGAUGUUUGGGCCACGGGGGCAACCAGGGCUCCAGGGACCCAUGGGCUUUAAAGGAGAAGAUGGUUUGCAAGGGGAGGAAGGUGAUGAGGGUUUCACUGGUGAGCCUGGACCACGUGGAGACAGUGGAGAGACUGGGAUAAAGGGAUCUAAAGGGGAACCAGGAGACGAUGGACCCACUGGACCACCUGGUCCUUCAGGUAACAGAGGUACUCAGGGGCUGCCUGGACCUCCAGGACCACAGGGAGACUCUGGAGAUGAUGGAGUGAAGGGUCCUCCAGGGCUGGUGGGGGCUCCAGGGGCCACGGGCGGGAUAGGACCACCUGGACUGAAUGGGUCUGAGGGGGAUCCAGGUCCAACUGGUCCACGAGGUCGUACAGGCCCUCGAGGGCCGUCAGGAUUAAGAGGAGAGACGGGCUCACCUGGACCUGCAGGAACUCAGGGUCAACCAGGCGAUGAUGGUCCCACUGGUCCAAAAGGGGAAAUUGGGGAACUGGGACCUGUGGGAAACAAAGGGCUUCCUGGUAUUGAAGGGCCUAUGGGGAUGCCUGGAAGUCCUGGUCCAAAAGGAUAUGCAGGUGUCAAAGGCUUCAGAGGACAGGAUGGUGACCACGGACAGGCUGGAGCCAAAGGAGACAGAGGCCCACGAGGUACUCCAGGAAUCCAGGGUCGUCGGGGAGAGAGAGGGGAAAGUGGCACCUCAGGCCCUCCAGGGGUCAGAGGUCAACCUGGGCCCGGAGGAGACGAGGGUGAAGACGGGGAAGUUGGUCUCCAGGGAGCCGUGGGGAACCAGGGGCCAAAGGGAAAUAGAGGCAGUCCAGGUCAAAGUGGGACGUCGGGACUAAAAGGGCAAAGGGGUCGUCCAGGACGCCCUGGUGUGGUUGGUCUACCUGGCAUCCAGGGUUUCAAAGGCAGAGUUGGGACUGAGGGACCAGAAGGAAAGCCUGGUACACAGGGUGCUGUCGGUUCUGUUGGCUCUUCCGGGCCCAAGGGAGACAGAGGGUUUCCAGGUGUGGCUGGUGAACCAGGACAGACGGGUCCUCCAGGAGCAAGAGUCGUUGGGAAGCCUGGAGACAAUGGAAUCCCUGGACCACCUGGGGAGAGGGGCUUCACUGGAAAACAAGGGCUGAUGGGCCCCCAGGGUCCAGUAGGCAUGUGUGGUUACCCUGGAGCCGUGGGGCAGCCCGGGGGACCGGGCCACAUGGGACAGAGGGGAGACGCUGGAGUCAGAGGACUUCCUGGCAGCUCAGGAAAACGUGGCCCUCCAGGUCUGCGGGGUGUUUCUGGUGAGGGAGGGUCUGUAGGACCACAGGGCCGCAGAGGAGAGUUGGGGCUCAAGGGCACUCGGGGGCUGCCAGGCCCUCCAGGAAAACCAGGAUCAGCGGGCAGCAUGGGGAGCCUUGGUCCCCCAGGGAGUGAGGGGCCACCGGGGCCACCAGGGUUGGUUGGUCCUAGAGGGUUUCCAGGAAAAGCCGGCAUUACUGGGACUAUGGGUCAGUCAGGAGAGGAAGGACACCAGGGAGCCACGGGUUCUGCUGGCGAUGCUGGUGCUCCAGGUCUGGACGGGCAGCAGGGUUCUCCAGGACCAGCUGGUGAAGAUGGGAUUCCUGGAACUAAAGGUGAAAAGGGACCUCCAGGCCCCCAAGGACCACCAGGACUCAGGAGACCGAAGGGAGAGCCAGGACUACAGGGCUCCCAGGGACUGCAGGGUGAGCCUGGCCAGAGGGGAAAAGAGGGAGAUGUUGGAGAGUGUGGUGUUUCUGGGGCGACGGGUGCUAAGGGAGCAAAGGGAAUUGUUGGAAGUCGUGGCCCGUUAGGAUCCCAGGGACCUCGAGGAGUGCCGGGCAUUAGAGGACUGAGAGGAUCAAAAGGAGAAAAGGGUUAUGAAGGCUUCACGGGUGAAGCUGGGCGGAGGGGGACACUUGGACCAGCAGGUUUAUCAGGACUACGGGGGUUUCCAGGUAUUUUUGGGAUUAUUGGACUGCAGGGAAAACCAGGACCAAAGGGAGACACGGGACCUGCUGGUUUGACAGGGGACAAAGGAAGUCCAGGUCCUAAGGGGGCAAACGGAAACCGAGGUGUGAAAGGUGACAUGGGAAAGCCUGGACCACUGGGUUCUAAAGGAGCCACAGGGAGACACGGUGAUCCUGGUGCAAAGGGCUUUUCUGGACCUGAUGGGCUGAGAGGAGAGCCUGGAGAGAAAGGGAGGCCAGGAGAGAGCCUUGAUGGACUGCAUGGAAAAAAAGGACCUCCAGGAUUACCAGGACCUCAGGGUACUGAGGGUGAGAUGGGACUUCAGGGCCCUGCUGGUCCUCAGGGACUUCAGGGACCAAAAGGUGGACCUGGACAGGAAGGACGAAAAGGACAAAAGGGUCAAAAGGGAGAUGACGGCAAAAGUGGACGUCCAGGGAAGACAGGACGCGCUGGGCGGAGGGGGAAAAGAGGGAAAGCUGGAAGCAGAGGUCUCAGAGGAAGUGGAGGAGAAAAGGGUAUGACGGGUGAUGUGGGUCCAUUUGGUCCACGGGGAAGACAUGGUGCAUAUGGUGAAACUGGGCCUCGUGGAGAAAAAGGCGAAAUGGGUCGACCAGGCUUUAAGGGAGUAUCUGGAGAUCCUGGAGCACAUGGCCUUCUUGGUCGACAAGGGUCAAAGGGAAUGAAAGGCUCGUCUGGAGAGCCAGGAAGAGCUGGAGAGAAGGGAGAGCAGGGUGAUAUCGGCCUGCCAGGUGGACGAGGGUCCCCCGGCCUACCUGGGCUGCCUGGUUUGUUUGGACAGAAGGGUUUGAAAGGGUUUUCUGGACCAUCAGGCCUCACAGGGAGGAAAGGUUUACCUGGACCACCUGGACCUCCUGGACCCCCGGGGACGUCCCUGAACCUCACUCUGACUCAGCUGAAGGAUCUCAUGUACGUGUCAGACAAACCCAACCGUGUGCUGGUGCAGGCUCUGCUGGACUCCCUUCAGGGUGAGCUGCACUGGUUCAUAAAUCCACCAGAUGGCAGCAAACAACACCCUGCGACCACAUGUCUGGAGCUGUGGCUGGCUUUCCCCAACUCCACUAAUGGGCUGUAUUACAUUGAUCCUAACCAGGGAAGCCCAGCUGAUGCUUUUCAAGUGUACUGUGACUUCACAGCAGAACCAAAGACGUGCCUGUCUCCACUCCAGCCUCAGGUUCCCAUAAAAGCUUGGCUAAAGGAUUCAGGCACAAAUAUGUCAUUUCACUGGUUGAGCACAGUUGACGACGGCUUCCAGUUUGAGUAUCCAGGAGGAAGAGACGUGGUGCAGAUGAGGUUUCUGCGACUGAACAGCAGGUUCUCCUCUCAGACCAUCACAUACUCCUGCUCGCCAGGAGGAAGACGGAGCGGGGACAGAGACACAGAGAGGGACGUCAAGUUCCUGGCUGACACUCGGAGGCACAGUUACCUGGGAGUGCUGCAAGACUGUGUGAUGUCAGAGACUCCAGAGUCAGGAGGCCAGGAAUCCGUUUUUCAGUUUGAAAGUGAAGACCUCCUCCUGCUGCCUCUAAGAGACCUGGCAGUGUUUGGAAACCAAGAGCUAACCUGGGAGUUUGGCUUCACGAUAGGACCUGCGUGCUUCAGUUAGAGACGCCCAGCAUCUCUCAGCAUGAUCGUAUGCAGCAUCCGAUUCUGAGCGGGGCACUGAGAUGAAGUGAAGACACUCUUUACACUAAAUAAUCAACAGUGAAGUAGAUUCAGGAAGUCUACAUUACAUUAGACCACAGUUUCAAAAUGAGAUACACAUCAAAGUAGAAAAGUAUUCAUGCUUACAUUAAUGAAUGAUGAUUCUCAGUCAAAAUCAGCAGGGAGGCAUGUCGACCAGGUGGUUUGCUGCUCUUUCUCUUUGAAUGGACAGAUGACGAGCGCCAUGGGUUAAACCUCGUGUCUCCAUUUGCUUCUUUACAACUGUUCUCAGUAUUUAAAGAGGCUUUUCCCGGUGGCAGCCUUCUAGUCCCCACCUCUGCACCUCGGCAGAUGGAUAAAUCACAUCUAAAAUGUAAAUAAAAUCAUAAAUAUUAGCGGCAGUGUUAGUGUCGUCAAAUGAAAUCACAUUAUGUAAUGUGAUUUAAGUGUGUGUUAUGUCAUUUACUGAUAUUACCCCCGGAUAUAAAAGAUAACACACCGCUAAUACACUCUGACAUCAUUCAUUACUGCACUUUUGUGCAUCGCUGCAAAUAAAAGCACACGACAUGGUUCCUUACACAUCGUCCAUCAGUCUCGCAGGUUUCCAUGAUGGCCUUCAGCUUGGUCUCUAUGCUGGUGUUUCACUAAGUACCAAGUGAACCCUGCACCCGCAACCCUUUCCAAACCUUCCAAGACUCCGUUCUUCUUUUUGAACAUGAACGAGGCAGAGAAAAGCAAACAAAAACCUGAAAAAAGAAAUAAAACCUCAUCCCUUCAUAUCGCAGACAUGCCGUAUCACACGGACUAAUAUGAUCACAGGACCGUGGUCAUUUGCGGUGGAGUUUUUUACUUUACAAAUUACAGGAAUGGACUAUUCACACAGGAUUAAGAUCACAGAUUAUUACACAUUACUGGAGAUUCUCAGGUGAUGCUAAUCCCAUGUUUGUAGAUACUGAGAAACCUCACGUACCCCAUUCCGCAUGUCUCUCGGUAAAUGAAAAUGAAAUCAGGGCUGGAGGUGUUUAGUUUAACAUACUAAAUAAACCUGUAUAAACCAGUAUGUGACAGUGUGUCGCAUGUAGUCUUGGAUAAUAACUUUGUUGUUCUCAAUACACAGUAUUUAAAUGCUUAAAGCUUUGACAGGGAGCAAAAAUGUCAUUUAGGGAGUUAAUCCCCCUUAAUCCCAUGUGUGGCAGCAGGUCUGCAAACAUUUCUACCACUCCUCUGCUCUCUAUGUUCUAUAGAUUUUGGUUUUUUGUUACCUCGACACGUUGAGCUGUGUAGAUGAAGUUUCCUCUGACACGAAGGACAUUUUGAACCUGAAUGUCUUGAUGUUUGUUAACUUAAUUUGUUUGUGUUCUUGAUUAUUUAUGUAAGUGUUUGACCUUGAUUUAAUCAUUUUUAAUUCUGUUACAUUGUGACUUGAUCAUUGUAUUGAUGAUGAUGAAUGGGCCAUGCUACGAAGAUGAUACAAUUGUCCAAAUGUGAUAAAUGAAUGACCAUCAGUAUGUACAGUAAAUAUGAAAGAUUACAUCGUUAAUAACAUUAUCCAAUAUGAGAUGAGUUUUUUUCUUCUUAAGGGACCAACAUAUCAAAGUUAUUGGUACUAAAGUGUUUCUUUUAUUGUACACUUAAUACACUAGAAAUAUUUGGCUGUUAAGCAAUUACUGCUAACUGUGUUCACCAGCUUCUUUGUUACUAUGACAACCUGUACUCAUGUCAGUUAUAAAUGCAGCUUUAAAGAUAGUUUCCUCUUUCAGGUAUGGCUCAACAGGUUUACAGGGUCUAUAACAAGCUAUGUAAUACAGAGUUGUACAUUAUGGUAAGUUAUAUUUCCUAAUGCUUGAUGACACAUUAAAUACAUUUUGUUUGCUUGUUGUUUCACUCAGGGAAGUGAGCCCAGCCCCAUCACGUGUGCAAUCAGUCCUUUAUUACUCCCAAACCAUCGUUUUUAGCAUAUUUGCACACAACUCGUAUCAAUAAAACCACAUUACGUGGUGUUAUGUGGAACUAUGCUGUGUGCCUGUUAUUGUAUGCAGUUAAAAGUACUUUCUUGUCUGUGUUCUUGCCCAAAAUACAUUGGGAUGUCUGUAUGUACUGUUUAUUAACACAAUGAGAACUGCAGCUCCUCUACAGGUGUAUAUUACUUUCUCAUCUUCAUACAAAUGUUGAUAGUAUCUGUAUAUGUAAUAAAUGA